GGUGCAGAGGAUCAUCGAGGGCGAGCUGACGUCCCGAACUGAUGCAGCCUGUCCUCUUCAUGCUUCGGGUUGAAAAACCGCUGAGCCGUCGACAGCAGGCUUCCGUCGCACAUGAAACUAUCUGCCCCCACACUGGAAAAGUGGAGGAAAAAGCAGACAGAGCUGUAAAUGUAUCGACAGCAGAUAGCUCAGUAUGAAGAAGUCUGUCCGGCCUGCGGGGAGUAAGGCGAGUGUGGAUCGAGGGAAGGUCGAGGCUGCUGGGAACGCCGGCACUGGAAAGCCUGGAGCCAAAAGUAAUAGUUCUGCACCUUUGUCUAAGGUGAAAAGCAAUGAUGAUCUUUUAGCAGGAAUGGCUGGAGGGAAUCUUGCGUCAAGUAGUGCUGUCCCCAAAACCAAGAGAACUGCCUCAGUCGGUACCACUACUAGCACCCUCGACAGCAAACAGAAAACAACAUCAGGUACUUCAACCAAGCGUAUGACAUCAACUACAAAAGAGCCAAAUUCUACACGAGACCGUCUUCGGACAUCGAGGACGUCGGCUAAUAAGAAGCAGCUGGUCUCAGGGACACCGGCAGGCGAUGCGUCCUCAGGGAAGCGCUUUCGCAAUCAGAUCCUGCCGGAGUCUGAGAGCCGUAUGAGCAAGUCCAAAUCAGAUGGCCAGAUCAGCGAUAAGGUGGCCCUGGAGGCAAAAGUCAACGACCUGCUCGGUCUCGCUAAAAGCAAAGAUGUGGAGAUUCUACACCUUCGCAGUGAACUCCGAGACAUGAGAGUCCAGCUUGGCAUGGAUGGAAAGGAUUUGCAAUCGCAGCAAGAAGCAGAGGAGGAAGAGAAGCCACAGGUGUCGGCCAUCACAGCGGCUGACGUGGAGUCCACUCUGCUGCUCUUACAAGAGCAGAACCAAGCCAUAAGAGGGGAGCUGAACUUGCUGAAGAGUGAGAAUCGCAUGCUCAAGGACCGUCUAAACGCCUUAGGCUUCUCUCUGGAGCAGAGGCUAGAUGGUUCCGACAAGCUCUUCAGCUACUCCUCUCUGAGUCCAGACUUGGCAGCCAGCAGUGGACAAAGUGAGGGCGGAGCCACCCUGACCUCCUCAGCGGCGGGCUCCGCUCCAGGCUCCCUGGAGGACCUACUCACCGGGCACCAGCAUGGCGGCUCAGCAGACAAUCUUGACAGUGAAUCCAGCGAGGUGUAUCAGGCCGUCACCUCCAGUGACGACGCUCUGGACGCCCCGUCCGGAGCGUCGUCGUCGUCAGAAUCUGAGUGCGUUCCCAGCAGAGAGCGCUCACGGAGAGGCAGCAGUGGCAAUACCAGCGAGGUAUCCGUGGCGUGUCUAACAGAGCGCAUCCAUCAGAUGGAGGAGAACCAGCACAGCACUGCUGAGGAGCUGCAGGCCACGUUGCAGGAACUGGCUGAUCUGCAACAGAUCACGCAGGAGCUGAACGGGGAGAACGAACGGCUCGGCGAGGAAAAAGUCAUUCUCAUGGACUCUUUGUGCCAGCAGAGCGACAAGCUGGAGCUCUACGGACGUCAGAUUGAGUAUCUGCGCUGUUUGCUAGAAGAGCAUCAUAUCUCGUACGUGCUCGAGGAGGACAUCAAGAGCGGUCGCUACUUGGAGCUGGAGCAGCGCUAUGGCGACCUGUCCGAUAACGCCCGCUUCGAAAGAGAGCAACUGCUGGGGGUGCAACAGCACCUGUCCAACACGUUGAAGAUGGCAGAGCAGGACAACGCCGAGGCCCAGGAUGUGAUCGGAGCACUGAAGGAGAGAAACCACCAAAUGGAGCGCAUCCUGGAAUCGGAGCGGCAGGAUCAUGUGGCCGUAGCAGCCGCGCUCGACGACUACAGAGCGGCGGUCAGCAGCGACCAGGCGGAGCUGAGCCGCUGCAGAGCCCAGUUGGACCAGGAGAGGCAAAGGGUAGCCGAGCUGUACUCGCUCCACACCGCAGGCGACAGGAAUGACAUAUGUCAGCUUUUGGAGGGCGUGCGACAGGAGAAGGAGGAGGCUGAGGCCAAGGCUGCUAAGUCACAGGAGGAGUUGAAGCAAGCUCACAAUGACCUUACAAGGCUGCAGGAGACGCUCAGUAAGCUUGAUAGGGAAUAUAGAGACUUUCAGCAGCAGGUGCAGCAGCAAAUGGCUGAGCAAGAUCGCAUGUUGGAGAAGCAGCGCAUGGAGCUGCAAGAGAAAGAGACGGAGAUUGUGGACAUGAAGGAAACCAUCUUUGAGCUGGAGGAUGAGGUGGAGCAGCACCGAGCUCUGAAGCUACAUGACAACCUCAUAAUCACAGACCUUGAGAACACUGUAAAGAAGCUGCAGGACCAGAAACACGAUAUGGAGCGAGAGAUAAAGAUCCUUCAUCGCAGACUCAGGGAGGAGUCGAUGGAGUGGCGUCAGUUCCAGGCAGACCUGCAAACGGCUGUGGUCAUUGCUAAUGAUAUCAAGUCCGAAGCGCAGGAGGAGAUUGGAGACCUUCGGCGCCGGCUGCAGGAAGCCCAGGAGAAGAACGAAAAGCUGAGCAAAGAGCUGGAUGAGGUCAAGAGCCGCAAGCAGGAUGAGGAGAGAGGCCGAGUGUAUAACUACAUGAACGCAGUGGAGAGGGACCUGGCUGCACUCAGACAGGGCAUGGGCCUCAGUCGUCGAUCUUCCACCUCCUCUGAGCCUUCGCCUACCGUCAAAACACUUAUCAAGAGCUUUGACAGUGCCUCACAAGCGUUGCCACCUUCCAGUGUUGCCGCUGUGGCUCCGACAGCUACAGCCGCCCCAAUACCACGCACCCCUCUCAGUCCCAGUCCCAUGAAGACGCCCCCAGCAGCUGCUGUAUCACCCAUACAGAGGCAUUCGGUGUCCACAUCUCUGUCGGCGGUCAAGCCAAUCUCCUCCCUGAGUGACAAGAGGAGCAGCUACUCUGACAUUUCGAUGCCACCGGAGCAUCUUCUCAGGGGAGCCCCAGCCAGUAGGCCCUCAUCCGUUCUCCAGAGGGUCUCCAAUACUGAUUCCACCAAGACCAUAUCGAUGUCCCGCCGCAGUAGCGAAGAGAUUAAGAGGGACAUGUCCACCCAAGAUGGGACGUCCUCGUCCUCACUGAUGGCCAUGAGUGUUGCAUCCUCUCCACUCUCUCUCUCGUCCUCCUCACCCACCGCCUCCAUCACCCCUACAGCACGGAGCCGGCUAAGAGAGGAGCGAAAGGACCCACUGUCGGCGCUGGCCAGAGAGUAUGGUGGCUCCAAAAGAAAUGCCCUGCUGAAGUGGUGCCAGAAGAAAACUGAGGGUUAUCAGAACAUUGACAUCACCAAUUUCAGCAGUAGCUGGAACGACGGUCUGGCGUUUUGUGCUGUGCUCCACACCUACUUGCCCGCCCACAUCCCGUAUCAAGAACUAACCAGCCAAGACAAGAGGAGGAACUUCACCUUGGCGUUCCAGGCUGCAGAGAGCGUUGGCAUCAAAUGCACUUUGGACAUCAACGAGAUGGUGCACACGGAACGGCCGGACUGGCAGAGCGUCAUGACAUACGUCACAGCUAUCUACAAAUACUUUGAGACCUGACUUCCUGCACGCUGCCACAGCAUCGCCGCCUUGACAUCACAACUAUACCUCACUGGAGUACCCCACACACACACACACGCACGCACACACACUCAUGUGAAGAUCCUUGAGUGCAGACGCUACGCAGUGCCGCCAUGAGUCCUCGCCGUGUAAGAAGCGACGGGUGAUGGUGAAGUCACCGCGCCUCAGUGCCUUCAACGUUUUCCUCCGCUCGCUUCAAAACAAGAAGCUUUUUUUUUUUUUUUUUUUUUUUGAUGCGGAAGGAAACAUCUGCUGCUGCUCAAUAACAUAUCAGUCACGCUUACGAUGCAGCCCGGCGUCUUUUUUAGUUGUUUUCCUCGAGCCUUCUCGAGAUGCCUUCACUGUAGUGUGAUGAUUGAUGCCUCAGUGAUCAGAUCACGUCAAAACGCAGAAGAACGUGCUCCGCAACACUAAGAGACAUUUUAAGCUGGCUUUUAAUAGAGCACGACGAUCAUUCACCGCGUUCGUCCGAUUGCAAACGUAGCACUGUUUGCUUUCGGGGUUCUUCGUUUUGUCACGUAGAGCGCGGGUUCACCCAAGGACCGAGUUCAAGAGGGCUUUAGAAAUGACACUACAUACAUAAGCUGAAAGGAUGUCAUGGGAAUAAACAGGAGCUUGUUUAUUUAUUGGCGAAACACUAGGAUAAAAACUGUCAUAGUUUGCAUGCAUGUCAAAGAUUUACUUACAUAUUUUGUGUGAUUAGAACAGUGGUGUCCAAAGUACGGCUCAGGGGCUUUAUACUCAUUU